AAAGCUCCAUAUACGACAAUCAACAUAGCACCACUGCACUUCACACGAUCAUGGCACGUCAUCAGCUCCUGAGUUCGCUGUUCCUUCUGCUGGCCAUCUGGGCCGUAAGCUCCACCGCGGAGGCUCCUAUUCGUCGGAACCUGAGAUUCGGACGCCUGCGCCAGGUGGCAUUUGCCCGUCAACAGGUGGCGCCCACUCCGUAUCCCUCGGCCGCAGAACUGAAGCCCUCGGCUUUGGAGCCAGCUCUGACCUACGGACCUCCAGAGGGCGUGGAUGCUCUGCCAGCGGAGCAGGAACCACCAGUUGAUAACUUUGAGCCCAAUCCCGAGACCGAGGAGGUGGAGACCGAGGAGAGCUCCCUGGAGGUGACCACCCCCUCUGCUGCCCCCGCCCGCCUUCGCAGCCGCCAAAAGUUGGCCAAGUUGCAGUUGGCUAAGACUAAGCGCCAGCGCACUGCUCGCCUGGAGGAACUGCCCGCGGAAGAGGCCAUCGCUCCCAUAGCUCCAGUGGCUGCCGAUGCUCCUGUUCCAGCUGCUGUCCCAGUGGCCACGCCCCAGUACUACUAUGUGGGCGCCCAGCAACCCUACUAUCUUGCCUACACCGCUGCUCCCCAACAACUGGGCUGGUAAACUCUAGCCAAAUAUUGCAAUUGUUAUUCAAAUGGUUUAGGAAUUCUGUAAAAAUAUAAUUUGUUUUUGAUUGAAAA